ACUAGCCGAUGGGUGAAUAGUUGCAGGGGCAGUUAGGUCAUUGCAUCACCCGGCCCCUCCCUAUAAAUGCUGGCAUCAGGCACCACAGUUUCUACACCCAAGAAGCCGAUCAUCUCUCCCCUGACAAGUUCGCAGAGAAACAUAUCUGAUCUUGCUUCGUUGACGAGCCAUGGCCGAGGAGAAGCACCACCACCUGUUCCACCACCGCAAGGAGGAGGAGAGCUCCGGCGAGGUCAACUACGAGAAGGAGGAGAAGCACCACAAGCACCUGGAGCAGCUUGGCGGCCUCGGCGCCAUGGCCGCCGGCGCCUACGCUCUGCACGAGAAGCACAAGGCCAAGAAGGACCCCGAGAACGAGCACGGCCACCGGAUCAAGGAGGAGGUGGCCGCCGUCGCCGCCGUGGGCGCCGCUGGGUUCGCCUUCCACGAGCACCACGAGAAGAAGGACGCCAAGAAGCACGGCGACAACUGAACGCGCGCGCGUGUUUAUUUGCCUGAAGCAUCCAUCUAUUUGCUUGAUUUUUCUUUUCUCUUUCAACUCGUGUGCGCUAGGUCUUGAUUUGGACUGAUUUAUCUGCACCUAGGAUGAAUUCGAUCCGGAUCCUCGGUGUUCCUGAAUCAAGUGCAAAAUCAGGCCUCGAAUAAUAACCGUGUGGUGCUGUCUGCGUUUGUGUACCGUGUACUGGAUCAUCUUUGUAUUUUUCUUAACGAGACGUCUCGAGAAUAAUAUGGAUUUAUUACAUGUUUCUA